CAGUCAUCACGAGUUAAACCUCACGUUCCUGCCGCCACCUCCAUCAACCGUCACGCCAAUACAGCGCGAUACCGAAAGCAAUACGCGAGACGCAUAAGCUCUUGCAUUCCAGUGCUCGCUACGUCCACGCUGCCAGUGCUCGCGGAGAGGGAUCGGCGGCAAUGGCAACCGAGUCGCGAAAGCGGCCGGCAGAGGCCGAGCGGGCCGGCUCUCCUACGAAACGACAACGGCUUCAGUCAGCGCAAACAAUACUCUCGCUUGGGCCGCCGGGAUUAUUGCCGUCUUACUCCCCGGCAGUGACGACCGAUGAAUUGGCGAAGAAGGGUCUGCGACGAGGCAUUGCGCUGGCGCUGCAGAAGGUCGGCUUCGACAGCGCGGCGCCCGAGGCCAUGGAGAGCUUUGCCGCUAUGGCAGAGAUGUACAUCACAUCGCUCGUGCAGGACAUCAAGACAUUCACGAAUGCCGCGCGACGAUCGCACCCGGUACCCAAGGACUUUGAGCAGGGCCUCAAGCGCUUCAACUUGACCACAUCAACUCUUAAUCCGCACAGAAAGCCGCCGAUACCGAGAUCAAAGCGUCUGCCCAAGUGGGAGCCUCUCGAGACCGGUGAUCCGCUCGACCGAGACCUUCCAGUCCUUGGCGACGAGCUGGACGGAGCGCCCGACAAGGCAGCAAAGCCGUACAUCCCAAGCUCGUUCCCCGCCUUUCCAAGCGUGCACACAUACAAGUACACGCCGGAAAGCGUGGACGCCGUUACGGUGUCCGACGAUUGGAGUGCGUUUGGCCCGGAUGCGCCGUCCCAGACGCUGGACGGUUCCCAGCCGCAGUCGCAGAAGCCGCAGCGGCCGCUCGCGCCCGACGAAAUUCCGCGCGGCGAUCCGAAGAAGAUGCGAGAAGCAGCAGCGAAGGAGGCAAAGGCCGGAGAGGGAGCGCUUAGGAGGCUGAUGCGCGCAUCCAAGAUUGCGAAGCAAAAGGAGGUAUGGGCGUCGGCGCAACGGCAGCCGGCCCAGCGGGAACGGUACAACUUGUGGGAGGCGGCGAUGCGGGAGCUCCUCGAUGAUGACACAAGGUCCAAGGGCAAGGAGAUUGGGCCAGCAGGGAUGCAUGGCGACAAGGGGAGGUUCGAGAUUGCGGAUCACAGCAUGCUGGUCAACUGGGAAAAGAGCUAUUCCCGCAGGGACGUGCCUCGAGCGGGUGUCCGGAAGACUGCCUCUGCUGGUCACAGCGGGAAAGGCCAAUGAGGCCGGGAUGUGUUUGACUUCUACACUAGUACUCCUGCACAGUGUGUACAAGCUGCAUGUGGAUGGUGAUCGGAGUUGGGAAUUUGCAGCGGGAACUACGAGAUACCCCAUAGAGUUUACAGCGGCUUAUAAUAGCCAGAGCCUGUGAACAGUUUGGCUUGGAUUCGCUGGUUCAUAAAUACCAUGCAGUUACUGUACAUUGAGCGCAUAGGAAAGAACAGCCCGAGGAUAUGGUAGGCAAUGUCUGGUCUGCAACGCAAGAGGUAGCGUGAGGCCGUGGAUAAUCCCUAAAUUCAACCACAUCGCCUCACACUCCCGUCCUUUCAAGUUAUCUUAUCGCUUCUGCGGGUCAUGGUGGAUCGUCACAGCGUCUGAGAGCCG